AUGUUGUUUCAAUGGGCUACUUUUGUCAAAGUUUCCCGUCCAUUCAGAUUCUGCAUUUUUUUUGUGUCGCUCAAGAAACGUCGUGGCUCAAUCGAACCGACCCAAAUAUCGGUCCCACGAAUAAUGCAGACACGCAAACUCAUAAACGUACUAUGCGUUGUUGGUUUGGUUCUGUCACGAAUUUACCAGGAAUCCCUGCCACAACCACAGCUGUCGUUUGUAUGUCCUCCCAUCAAAGCGUCACAAUUGAAAAGUCAAAAAUCGCAAGCAAAUCACACUUGCGUAAAUUUCGACGUGCAGGAGUCUUCUACGUCCACCGUUCUUUUCUCCAUCACUGUGACCGAUUUUUUGGACUCCUCAACGGAUGUGAGUCGUCUAGGACCCACCAGUUGCGAGCUCGGUAGACAGCACCUGGAUUUCACGGUGAUGGCUUCGGAUGGGGGGCUGGUUAGGUCGCAUCGCAACUUGAAGUCUGGACGCACUGUAAUCCAAUUACACCGGUCAGUCCGAGGCUCUCACUUCGAGUUUUGUUUUUUGAACGUCGUGUACGACAGUUCUUGGAGGUCUAUCGACAUGCAAAAAGGUAUCACCCUGUCAGUGAUCAACAAAGAAACCGUGAAGCCUCAUCUCUCUGAUCGUAUGUGCGAAGAAGCGAUUGACGCCCUGAAAAGCUCGGCAAACAUUUUGUUUUCUCUGGUCAACGAAGAAAGUGGACAAGAGCUUGGAAGAUUGGAAGGUCAACGUCGAGAUUUCAAUGAAAACACAUUUUCAUGGCUACUGAAAGCACAAGUUUUACUACCAUUGGUAGCCGUGAUUGCUACCUUACUGAGUGCUCAUGCACUGGUUUCCUACCAAUGGUCGGUGACGACGUCCUCUAUCCAAAAGUCUAGCUAA